UUUGUUGCAGGAGAGAGUGAGGAUGCCCAGCGCUUAAGGUUCCAGAUUGAACUGGAAUUUGUCCAGUGUCUGGCCAAUCCAAAUUAUCUCCUCUUUCUGGCCCAGCGUGGUUACUUCAAAGAACAGACGUUUAUCAACUAUCUAAAGUAUCUUCAGUACUGGAAGGAUCCAGAGUAUGCAAAGUACUUGAAGUACCCUAUGUGCUUGUAUUUUUUGGAUCUUCUGCAACACGAGAAUUUCAGGAAAGAAAUUGUGAAUGGUCAGUGCUGCAAGUUUAUUGAUGAUCAGACUGUGUUACACUGGCAGCAUUAUACUCGUAAACGGAUGAAAUUGUUGGAAACUGGUGCUAACCAACAAGGGUCACAAACACCUGUAUCACAGUCUACUGCUGUUACUGGUGCUCCCACGCCUGCACCAUUGCCAACUAAUUUGAUCAAUGGUCAUGGACAAAUCCAAAAAGUAUGAACUUAAGGAAGAUUAGAGGUACGUUAUUUAUAUAAUAAGAUUUUGAAACCGUACGCGUCACAAUGGCAGACCGUGUUAUUUUGAGCUAUCAUGACUGCUUGAUUCACGAAUCUGACCUUCGACUUUUGGAGGGUCGUAACUGGCUC